AUGACCGUAGAACUCGAAGAACCUCCUUUGACUCAAGAUCAGACUCAGGUGCUUAAAGACCUCUUUGGUGGAACUAUGGGUGGUAUUGCCCAAGUGUUGGUGGGUCAGCCGUUUGAUACUGUCAAGGUGAGAUUACAAUCUGCUCCAGAAGGUACAUACAGUGGAGCCGGAGAUGUUAUCAAGAAGUUGGUUGCUAAUGAGGGUUUGAGCGGCUUUUACAAAGGUACUUUGACGCCGUUGGUAGGUGUGGGUGCGUGUGUUUCAGUGCAAUUCUCCGUCAAUGAGUACAUGAAGAGAUACUACGAUGCCAAGUUGCACGGCCAACCUUUGUCUCUCUUGCAAUUCUUCAACUGUGGAGCAGUUGCAGGUUUUGCCAACGGUUUCUUGGCCUCUCCUAUUGAACAUAUCCGUAUCAGAUUGCAAACCCAAACUGGUUCGUCGAACUCGUUCUCAGGUCCUGUUGAUUGCUUCAAGAAGGUUUACCAGAAAGGUGGUUUGUUCUCAGGAAUCUAUAAGGGAUUGGCUCCCACCUUGUUCAGAGAGAGUGUGGGCUUAGGUGUCUACUUUGCAACCUACGAGGCAUUGAUUGCUAGAGAGUUAAGCAACAAGGUAUACCCUACCAGAGGUGACGUUCCUGGCUGGAAACUUUGUAUGUUUGGAGGUUUGUCCGGAUAUGCUCUUUGGAUUGUCAUCUACCCUGUGGACGUUUUGAAGUCAAAGUUGCAGACUGACUCCUUAUCAAAGCCAGUUUAUAGAGGUUCAGUGGAUGUUGCUCGUGAUGUGUUCAAGAAGGCAGGUAUCAAGGGCUUCUACAAGGGUUUCGUGCCUACCAUAUUGAGAGCUGCUCCUGCCAACGGUGCCACUUUUGCCGUUUUCGAAUUGACCAUGAGACUUCUCGGUUAG